AUGCUGAAUGCUGAUGUGGGUCAUGCUGACGGAAGAAUGUGCAGGGGCUUCCUUCCAAGGCUCCGACAUGUUAGAAGGCCUUUGAGCUUUGGGCGUCCGCGUGCUGCAGCUCGAUCCUGGCUGGCUGCCUUUGCAGGCCGUGUUGUCAGUUUGGGAAGCCUGUCGGGACUGACCACCCGUAGAUGCAAAUCUGUUGCACAGGGCCAGUCACAUCCACGAUGGACAGGUCCGGACGAAAGCGAUUUGCAGUGCAGGGAUGGCAAGGAGAUCCGCUCCUCAGCCCUGGAACUGUCCCUGCGAAAGUGGCAAAGCAAAGAAGCUUUCAAAAGGGCCGCGCUCCACAGGUUGCAGGACCACGCGGCCAGCAAGGGCGGGCGAUGCAUGUCAGCGCAUUACACGAAUUGCAAGACGAAAACCCAGUGGGAGUGCAGAUGUGGGCACCAGUGGAAGGCCACACCGAACGGCGUGCUGAGUGGAGGGACCUGGUGUCCUCGCUGCGCCAUCGGCAAACAACGGCUCAGCUUGCACCAGCUACAGGAGCACGUGAUGGAACGAGGUGGCAGGUGCUUGUCCGACGAGUACCGGAACAAUCGUACCAAGGUUCGCUGGCAGUGCAAGCUGGGACACACCUGGGAGGCGACAGCGGCAAAUGUUCUGAACCAAGGGUCCUGGUGCCCCGAGUGUGCACGCAAAAACAAGUCACGCUCCAAGCCCACGUUGCGGGACUUGCAGGGGCAUGCCGCUGCACGUGGUGGCAAGUGCUUGGCUGCCGAAUAUGCUGGUAUGAGUGUGAAAGUUUUGUGGCAGUGCGAGAAAGGCCACACUUGGCGUGCGAGGGCAAACAGCGUGUUGAACGGCAAGUCAUGGUGCCCGUUUUGCGCGAAGAGUGGGGCACUGGGAUUGGAGCGACUGCGGAGCCACGCCGCCCGCCGUGGUGGACAGUGCCUGGCCAAGGACUACAAGAAUGCCCGCACCAAGGUGCAAUGGAAGUGCGGUUCUGGCCAUCUAUGGCGAGCAUUCGUGAGCGACGUCAUCUACAAAGGCACCUGGUGCCCCGAGUGCCGGAAAAUUGGCCUGGCGCGUCUUCAGGAACACGCCGCGUCAUUGGGCGGGAGGUGCCUCUCCAAGACGUAUAGCAACCAAAAUGUCAAUGUUCUUUGGGAAUGCCAGCUCGGCCACACGUGGAAAGCCAGUGCCAACAGCAUCCUGCAUAACAAGACUUGGUGCCCUCAAUGUGCAAGCGCUUCUUGGAAGACGGAAGCUGAGGUCCGAAGCAUUCUGGAAGCCAUCUUUGCUCCUUCAACGUUCGAGUCGUCCUAUCCCGAGUUUCUGGGAGGGUUGCAGUUGGACGGCUACUGUUCCGAGCUAUCUUUGGCAUUCGAGUACCAGGGGGAGCAGCACUUCGAUCCUGAUAACUACUACCAUUUCGGUGACCCUCGCAGCUUUGAGAGGCAACUGGAGAGGGAUGUCAGGAAGCGCCAGCUCUGCGAAGAGAUGGGCGUCCGGCUGGUGCUUGUGCCGUACUUUGCCAGCGACAAGCGCCUUUUUGUUCUCACGGCGCUGCUUCAGUGGUUCUCUAUCGCUCAGAUCACGGCCCGGAUGUUGCCUUCUGCCAAGCAGCAUCUUUAA